AUGAAAUAUCUGAAUGGUACGUCGAGCAAGAAACUGCGGUAUAAGAAGGAUGAAUCCGAAGCAUUAAUACCUUACAUCGAGAUAGUGUUCCGGGAUGCACCGAAAAAGCGCAUCAAGCGCAACCUCUCGCUAAAUUGUGACGAAAAUGCGAACGAAACUCGUUGCUGCCGGUACCCGCUAAUGGUGGACUUUGAAAAGUUUGGCUGGGAUUGGAUUAUCGCACCGAAGCGCUACGAGGCGUCGUACUGUGCCGGUGAGUGCAUGAUCAGCUUCCUGCCCAAGUACGAGCACACGCACGUGAUGCAGCUCAGCACCUCGGCCAUUCCGUGCUGCUCGCCGAAGAAGAUGAGCUCGAUCAAGCUGCUGUACUUCGACAUGAGCUACAACGUGAUCUACAGCACCAUCCCGAACAUGGUGGUGGAGAAGUGCAGCUGCUCUUGA